AUGUCCGAACCAACAAGCGAAAAUUCGCUCACUGCAAAACGCGUGGACAUGGCGCGGGGCAGCGUCGCCGCCCUUCUAGAAGAAAUCAAAACAGCGGAAUUUACAACCGAGGCUGUCAAGGAGGUUUUGGAUUUACUGUGUUCCAUCGACAUGGCGCUGAUGAGGCUUGCAUCGUUGUUUGACCAGCCACAGUCAUGCAUAGUCAAGCUUGGAAACCAACAUUAUCUUCGCAUGGCAAUCUGGAGCACCCAAGAUGCCUGUGAAAGAUAUAAGUACAACUUCACGGAGUGGAUAAGUCCUUCCAAUAGCAACUCUCUACGGGACCAUUGGAAUAUUUUUGAAACCUUUAAAGACAUAGCAUCGCGACUCUUAUGCGAACGGCUACGACUCCUCGAAAAUACCAUAGAUCAGGCGGUACAAAUAUCUACAUCACUUACCACCUUUGCCGUCUCGGACAACACAUCCGAUGAAGAGUGGAAGUCGAUACUAGUGAAAGAGAACUCCCUACACUUGGCGAGCAUCGACGCGAACCAAAGUUAUGAUGCAAAUCAGCUUAUAGGAAGGGCUGCAGAACGUAUUGCUUGCGAAAUUCAAGGACAUGGCAUUGUACUGCAAUACCAUAAAAACUUUCUCAAAGGACUUCUGGACGAGUUUGACCAGCUACAAAGGGGACAAGCAACCGAUUUAUCGAACCAAUGUCAACUUUACCCAAAAGCUAUUGGUGAUUACCCCGAUGAUGUGGUCCAAUACAUCGGUCGGAAUGGGUUAAUUACCAGGAAUGGGAUCGUGAUAGGAAAGCGUAUUUGA